CUGAGCAACAUCCCGAUGGGAAUAACUGUCCAAAACAUCACAGGAAACACAGCAAUGGUAACUUGGCCAAGAAUGGCCGGCUGUGCCGACACCUUUUACAGCAUCAUGUACCACCCUAACUGGAACAGCAUGCUAUCCAGUUACUCCAGGAAGAGCUUUCAGAAGGAAGAGAGGGUGCCCAGCAGUCGCACCUCCUUUGUUGUUGAAAGCCUAACUCCACUAACAACGUACAUUGUCUGCGUGACCUGCCAGUCUGCGAACCCCUCUAGCGACCAGUGCAGAGUUUUCAACACACUGGAACAAGACCCAGCAUCUGCGAGCAACACCAAGAAAGAGUUGGCUCUGGGCAUCUGGCUUACCAGCAGCAUCCUGCUCCUCAUCAUUGCUGCGGUUCUCCUCUACGGCUGCCUGCACCUCCUGUGCCGAAGGAGACACGAGCAUUUGCAAGAGCAAGACAGGACCUUCAAACACGACCACAGGGAGAUGUGGAGCAAAAGCACGGCAUACACCUCAGAGGAGCUCAGUAGGCAGAGCCAACUGAUGCAGGACACUGAGAAAAGGCAUCCCAGCGGCAUCCAGCUGGCCACAAUCAUAGAGAAUCCCUCAGCGUGCAAAGAGCCUGUCGUGCCACCUUCCAAAAGCCAAGAGCAAGUGCCAAUGACAGGACAGUGUUCUGCUAUAAAUUAGAAACUUUCUGUCAAGGAGGAAAUUUUACUACAUAUGACAUCCCAACUGCUUCAGAUACAUCAUAUAUUUUGUUGACACUCACAAGGGAGUUACAACUGUUUACUCCAGCUCUCCUGGCUGUACCUCCAGUGCCACAUGCCUUUCCAACAGCCCAUAUGCAACCAGAGGUACUCAGAGGCAAAAUUUCAAAUUCCCAAGCAGCGAGCACUUCCACUGCACUCUGUUAUUUAAAAAUUAAGCAUGUGGCAAAUAAUUACUUUACACUUCAAAGUGUUCUUUUUGGAUGCUUUUCUUUAGUCUAAACCAGGAAACAUAAAAAUUAAUGAAAAGUGACCACAAGACCUCUCUCUCUCUUUUUUUUUUCUCUCCUCUAAACUAGCAUAAGUUAAAACUAAGUUUUCAGGUGGCAACCCUGACUGCUACACUACAGUCAGCUGGAAGGUAUACUCUGAGUGCAGUGUUUUUCCAGUGUGUGAGUUUUAUCCUCACAACCCUAACUGCUUCUCAAACUACACACUACAUACUGCUGCACAGAGGCUACCCAUUUCCCCACCUGUAGUACUCCCCAAAGCUUCCAUCUGAGUGAGGUCAGUCUUGGCAUGUAAACGGAAUUCACCAGGACUAUAGUAGUAUCCUUUUGUCUGCCUUUGAAAAGUCCCCUUGGUCUAAAAACAUAUGCAAGAUAGUGACUAUGUGUGGACAUUUCUAAUGAAGCUAAGGAUGUGUCCUGAGAUAAAUUUCACACUCUUCUGCUCCCACCACAAGCCUCCUCCUGUCCAUGACAAGUGACUUCCCUUAGAGGAAACGGAAUUCAGAAAGCAGCUCCUAGCUCUUCCUUCUCUCUUUUAGCAUCAAUGAAGAAUCUCAUUCAUCAGCUGCAAAUCUCUAACUGCACAGUAUGUUUUGUGUAGUGAAGAGGCAAGGAGGUAAAAGCAAGCCAAACAAGCAAAUCUGCUAAUCAUCUCCCUCUGCCUCCAGCUUCACAGCAAAGUGCCAAUGAGGGCCCUUCAGAAGGAAAUCUCUUCACCUUCACAACAUGAUGAGUCUUGUCUGGCUUAAAUAUAUAAGUCAGCCUGCUUUAAAUCUCUUACAUGCAUUUGUGUUCCAUAGAAACAUACUGAAUUUUAGUAUUUCUGUGUAGCAUUGUACAUCUGAAAAACAAAGAUACACUGUGACUGCAGGCAUUUUAAACUGCUGUUGAUACAAAUGUAUGCGUAAAGUCAGCUCUUCUUGACACAGCUUGGUUGUACCAGCAAAGACUGGAGCAGCUGGGCAGCUGUCAUGCCUUUUCACCCUGCCCUGCAAGCUGAGGUGGUAUACAAGUUUGGCAAGAGAGUGCCUGCUGAAUACUUCACAGCAGACAGUGGAUCUUUCAGCUACAGUAUUUUGACAACAUUUCUCGACUUGUGAAAGACACCAACUCUUGUAUUGCUAGGAAGACAUGAGCUGGCAAAAGUUUGAUGCAUCUUUUACUUUUUACCUGCUUGGAUAGGGUGGCAUAUAGAAAUGUGCGCUGAAUGGGACUGACUAGUACUUUUAGGAAACACUUCUAAACAUGUUAAGUUAGCAAUAAUGUGUUCUCCAUACCCUACAUAACAUUUCCUCCAGCUCACACAUUCUUUUUUGUCUCAUACAUCAGUCUUAAAUAAACUGUGAGGAAUGACAAUAGUCUACUGCUGUUUCAAAUGGUG